CACACACCAGCACAGCCAGCAGCGUGCCGCAGUUCGCCGCAAUCCGUAUUCCGUAUUCCCGUGGUCCGUAUUCCGUGAGCGCUUUCAGUCGCUGAUUUGACCGCCAAACAAACGCAACGCAGCUCUCGGCUGAUAAAGAAAGCCUUCGCAAAAAAUACAAAAAAAAAAAAAGAAAAGAAAGCAGGCCAAAACGCGCUCUCGGUUCACAGACAACAACAGCCGCAACCAUAAUAACCAGCAACAAUAAUAAUAAAAAAACGACAACAAAUAUACAAAGCAAUUACUUGUAGUUGAAAUAAGCAAAAGUAAGAAGAACUUGCGCAGCAAAAAAGUUUGCCUCUAAAAAGCAAUAGCAGUCAAGUGCAAAAAAAACUAUCAACUAAAGGAACAAAAGCAAAAACAGCGGCAACAACCAGGAGAACAAACAACAAAACCAACAUGGGAAAAAAGAGCUCCAAGUUGAAACAGGAUACCAUUGAUCGCUUAACAACAGACACAUACUUCACAGAGAAAGAAAUACGUCAAUGGCACAAAGGAUUCCUGAAAGACUGUCCCAAUGGCCUGCUCACAGAGCAAGGCUUCAUAAAAAUCUACAAACAAUUCUUUCCACAAGGCGAUCCCAGCAAAUUCGCCUCGCUGGUCUUUCGGGUCUUCGAUGAGAACAAUGAUGGCUCCAUAGAGUUUGAGGAGUUCAUACGCGCCUUAUCCGUUACAUCGAAGGGCAACCUGGACGAGAAACUGCAGUGGGCUUUCCGUCUCUAUGACGUGGACAAUGAUGGCUAUAUAACGCGCGAGGAGAUGUACAACAUCGUGGAUGCGAUAUAUCAGAUGGUGGGCCAGCAACCGCAGUCGGAGGACGAGAAUACGCCGCAGAAACGUGUGGACAAGAUCUUCGAUCAGAUGGAUAAGAAUCACGAUGGAAAAUUAACAUUAGAAGAAUUUCGUGAGGGUAGUAAAGCUGAUCCACGUAUAGUUCAGGCGUUAAGUUUAGGUGGUGGUUAAAUCGAUAAACAAAUGCCCGAUUACCGAUAACAGACCCAAUUCCAAUUCAAAAAAGAAAAUAUUAAAAAACAAAAAUAAGCGUGCAAUAAACCAUAAACGAUACUGAAAUUGAAACCGUAAACAUUUUUGAACAAAAAAAAAAAAAAAAAAAAAAAACAAGCUAAAGAAUAACGAAAAGCCUAAAAGCUAAACAAAACGAAAAUCUUAGUUUGCAUUCGCUUCUUCACUUUUCACUCUCUCUUCUCUCUACGCUUUUCUCGAUUCUUGAUUCCCGAUUAAUAUCGAUUCUCCGCGCGUCGAUUGCGAUACUGAAGAUGAUAAUAAUUUUUUGAUAUAUUGUAUGAAUAUGCAUAACGAAUAACUGAACGAGAGGGAAGAAGCCCCCAAUAAAAAUUGAACAGAAAACGAAAAUUCAUUUUUAAAUAUACACCAGAAUCUGAAUAUAUAGGAUAUCGUCGCGUAGUCAGAGCGCAGUUCAUAGCAAUAAAGGGAAAAACCAAAAACUAAAAAACAAAACGAAAACAAAAACGAAAUUUAAAAUAAAUGAAAAUACAAAGUAAAUUAAUGCUAAUUUCAAAUUAAAACGAAAUGUGUGAGGCGCAAAUCAAUUUUUGAAGCAUACACCAAUUACGAGUAAACUAAUUAAACCUACGAAUAAAUCAGCAUAAUUAUAUUAUACAAUUAAACCAUACAAUUAGAGCCGAACUAAGCCUACGAAUCAAUUGCGCAGCCUUCGAAGCGAAAGCCAAUAAAAAAACAAAAACAAAACGAAACAAAACAAAAUAAAAUAAAACGAAACAAAACAAAGCAAAAACAAACAAACUAUCUAAGCUAACCGAGUUAUCACAGCUCGAUCCCAGUCAGCUAAUUCCACUCGCGACAUCAAAUAGCAGCCACUAUAUCCACAUCUAUAAUAUAUAUAGCCACGUGUAUGGAUGCGCAAAGUGGCCGCAGUGACAGGACGAACAGGGGUGAAGUUAAGGGAUAUAUGUCUGGAUUAGGGGACUACGAGAGGUUAGGCUAAAUGGGUUAUAAAUCAGUUACACUUUUAUAUAUAUGUCAGGCAGCCAGUCCCCCGUUUCUUCUCACCUGUGUCUCUGUUAACCCCCCUUGACUCAGAAGAAAGUAAUACCGCAAAAACUGGACACCAGAAUAUAUAUAUAUAUAUAUAUAUAUAUUUCUCUCUUCAAAUAAUGAAAACACUUUCUUUGGCUUAUUGCAAACAAUCUACUUAGUUAUAGUUAUUAUAUAUUAUGCUAUAAGACCCUGAGCUGCUUGAGGAAAGGUUUGUCUCUUUUAUUGCAGCCCAUCUCCUAUUUAUUCCAGCUGCCUUACAGCCAUGAAACGCACUUUGACCCUUCGAAGAGAAAGAAAUAAAAAACUUGAAAUGAGAUACAAAAGGCAAUCAAGUUUUCGUUAGAAUUAGAAUUCAAAUAGUGAUUGCAAAAAGUGUUGCAUACCCGACAGGCGCUGUUAACAAAACAAGUGUUUGCUUUUGUUUGCUCUAUCUCUUUCUCUAUCUUCUCUAUCUCUCUCUUUAUAUACAUAUAUAUAUAUAUUUCUCUGUCUCACUAUCUCUUCUACGCUCCCUAGUAAAUAUAUCUCUAUCUGUAUUACCAGCUUUGCCUUGUUUUCUGUUAAGCGUUUUACGUUUCCAACAACAAUAACCAUUAACAGUAACAACAACAAGAAACCAUAACCAAAAAACAAGAAAAAAAAACAACUAGAAAACUAGAAAACCCAGAAACAACAACAACACGUACAUAUUGACAAUAGGCGGAGACAAAAACAACAACAACAGCAACAGCAAGCGGUGAAGGAUAAAGGUCCUCGAACUGGCACCAGAAAUAGCUGCGAAAUGAAGAGAUUAAUAAUUGAUAAACUAAUCAAAGAACGCACAUCUACAACAUCAACAAAAACUACUACUAUGAACAUGAACAUAUAUACACUUAUGUAUGUAUAUCCGUCUAUAUAUCCAACAAAAAAAGAUAAAUAACCCACGAGAAGCAGAUGAAAAAUAGAGAAAGAAAGAUACAUAUAUAUAUUAUAUGUUAUGUGUCAAGGACAAAGUUGGAGCUGUAGAAAAUAACAAUGAACAAAAUCCAUCAUACGAUUUAAUUUCUAUUCUAUAUGCGGUUCAGCUUUAUUAUUGCAUUGAUUUUUCAAUAAACCAAUCAACCGUUUUUACUAUUCCGAUGACUAUCUAUAAAUACGAAACCAUAUACACAUCCGCUUACACUCACUAAACCCGUUUCGUACUCAGUAAUUAGUAUUUAGUGUUCCAGUAUUCAGUAUUCAGUAUAUCCUGUAUUCCAGUAUUCCACUAUUCCAGUAUACCCAGUAACAGUACUUUCCCAUAAACACAAAUACACCCACUACACUUGUGCCAUGGCUAGAAGCAAAGGCAGUAAAAAUAAUAAGAUAAGUAGCGCCCUUGCAUAGCCUUCUCGCUCUCACAAAAUGGAGAGACUUAAGUUCAAGAGAGCAAAAAAAAAGAACAAAAAUACCAAAGGCGUUACGCAUCUUAUUCUUUAAAUUGUCCUUGCUAAAUCCAUCUAGUUACUAUUUCUUGGUAUUAUUUUGCCUGCUUUGCCUUUUCUUAAUCUGAUUGAAAAACAAUUGAGCGACUUACGUUUUCCUUUAACUUUUCCUUUAUUCUUUUUUUCUUUUCCUAUGCUUUCCAUGUCUUUUGACUUUACAGCACCGAUCGAAAUGAUAACAAAAAGAAAUGAAAAUUGAUGACAAAAAAUGCAAACAUGCUAACCCCAAAAUACUUCCCACACCAACAAACACAAGCACACACAAACACACACACUCAUAUAGCCACACGUAUGUGUAUAUAUAUAUACGCCUCUUAACUUAUAUAUACCCUAAAUAUAUAUAGUAAGCACUGCAAUCGAAAGCCAGUUAAGGAAACUCUACAACAAAGCUACUAAACUUAACUACAAAAAAAAAGAAGAAACGAAUACAAGAACGCUUCUAUAAACCUCACUGAAAUUCUUCGAAGAAAACUAACACACAGACUCACAUACACACACACACACACACACACACUUGUACGAGUAUAUUAACAAUAAACGUAAUGCGAAAACUUAAUCAAUAAUUAAAUAAUUCGAAAGUGAUAUAGCUGACAAAACAAAUGUGUCUGUAGUCUAGUAGUUAAAAGAAAUUGAUGAAAAUGCGAAACGAGAAACAAAAGAAAUCAUUUAUAAAUAAUAUUACAAAAACUAUUGAAUGACAGAGGUUGGGGUUUUUUUUUGUAAGGAGAUGCCUAAGCAGCAAAAAUAAGUAAUGAAACAAAAAAAAAAAAAAACGUAAAUAAAUCAAGCAAAUCAAACUGUAAAUAACACUAAGUGAAUCACGCACACCAAAACACAAACACCAAAACACCAACACCAACACCAACACCAACACCAACACCAACACCAACACCAACACCAACACCAACACCAACACCAACACCAAAACACCAACACCAACACCAUCGCAUACCCCAACACUCAUAUACACACCCCUACACAUACAGAAAAGUACCGAAUAAGUUUGUUAACACCAAAAUCUAACGGGUCUUAAGUAAAGAAAUAAAAAAGAAAACGAAAAAAAAAAACAAAAGAAAAUAGGAGAAAAAAAUCAGUAAGCUAGAGCAAAGAAUUUUUUUUGUGGAUUGAAAUGAAUCAAGUCAAUUGUAAUAGCCGAAAAAAAAAACAAACAAAAAAAUAUAUAAAAAUAAUUUAAUAUUUAUAUUAAUUUACAAUGGACAGGUGAGAACAGGAUAGAACAAAAUAGACAAGCACAGACGCGUCUCAGAUGAAGUUGAAGUUGAAGAUGAGUUUCUUUCCACCGCCGUUGACAAACCACACGAAUGUCAAGUUAAACGUUUCACAAGCAAUAUUUUACAUACUUAUACAUGCAUUA